GAAGGUAGGUAGUUGUUCUUCCACCUGAAGCUAACAGCAGGGAAGGGAGUUAGCACAUGGUUAGUUUAUUAGCGUCAACAGGACAACGUAACACCAGUCGUGAGAGCAGCUCGCCAUCCUGUGGACAGAAAUGAAUCACACCACUCAAGAGGCAGCAGGUCUUGACCCUACCAUGCUGACAGUCCAACUCUUCGAGCUAUGGAACCAGAAAGAUCUGCAGACGCUACAUUUGGCAGCCCUCCAGGGAUUUUCAAAGGUGUCUGAACCUCUGGAGGCCUUAAUGACAAUCCUGGAGAGCUGUCCGGGUAAACAGAAGGGUCGGAGCCACACCCUCGGUCAUCACAUUCUCAUGGAAUUCCAGACAUGGAUCAAGGACCAUCCUCAGGUUACACUGAGUUCACUGUCAGAGCAGCAAGCAUUAGCCGUCCAACGUCGGGCUCUCAGCCUACUAACAGAUACCCAGCCCAGCUUUGUAGACAGUCUCAUAAAUAUCUACCAACUCAACUCUCUAGAUCCGGCCAUCCUCAAACUGCACAUUGUGAGGUUACAGGCGCUCAACUGCCACAAAGAGGCAAUAGUCCUCAGUGUAAAACUGAAGUUACAGAAAGAGCUGAAUAUGGAGGAGAUAUGUGUACCACUCAUCCUGCAGGAUAAGUUGUCUUUGGCAGAGUCCUUCGUCACAGGCCACAGUCACCUGGAACAACGACUGGUCACACUGCUAGAUUCCUGGUGCCACCCCAAUUUCAGUCCGGAAAUGAUAAGCAAGCAGUUCCCACGCCUCUCUGUUUCCAAACACUGCAUGGGCCAGAUCAAGCCCAAAAUGCUGACAAAACAUGUGUUACGACUUGUGGAGAAAUUCAACAUUGACCAAGCACUUUGUCCCAAUGCUCUGCACAAGAGGAGACAGGACUCUAUGCGUUUCCUCAUGUACAAGAGGUUUGUAGAGAAAAGUAUGACAGAGGAGAACUGGAGUGACCAUGUGCAGUACGUAGUGGCAGAUGACCUUGAGCUACAGAUACAGAUGGUGGAGAUGUUGGUGAGGUACAGUGGUCUUCAGAAAGCCUCUCAGUGGUCACUGAGAUACAGCAUUCCCAGACAUCGCCUUCCUAUUGGGGUAUGGGAGACACAGCAGAGUCUACCCACACAUUUACAACAAGAGCAUCUGGAUGAUUCAGCACAGACUGAGGACUGGAAGCCAUCUGAGUCUCACUGUCAAAAGUUUUACCAGGCGCCAAUCACCAAAGACAUGGUUCACUUUGUGGACACUCCGGAAGCUCUCCAGACAUGUAGAAGUGUUGUGCUCAAGGAUGGUGCCAUAGUAGGAGUUGACAUGGAGUGGCAGCCUACGUUUGGCUGUAUCUCAACUCAGAGAGUUGCUCUGAUACAGCUUGCAGUUUUUGACCAGGUUUUCUUAUUGGACCUCUGUGCAAACGGAUUGUGUCAACACCCGGAUACUAUUAGUUUCAUCAGGAGCUUUUUCUCUGCACAAAAUGUCAUUAAACUGGGUUAUGGUAUGGCUGGAGAUCUCAAGUGUCUCUUGGCCACCUGGCACCAAUUUUUAGAGGAGCCAUUAAAGAUGGAGGGGGUGCUUGAUCUUCUUAGUAUACACCAAAAGACCCAGCGUGGUAAGUUCAAAGGGACUCAAAAUGGCCCUAAGGAGGUGCUGGUAGGAGAAGGCUCUGCAGAGAAAGGCCUCAGUCUGCUGGUACAACAGGUCCUGGGAAGGCCCCUGGACAAGACGGAGCAGAUGUCCAACUGGGAGAAGCGUCCGCUACGCAUCAGCCAAAUUAGAUAUGCAGUGGCAGAUGCCUACUGUUUGCUGGAUGUUUACUCUGUCCUUUCCAGCAACCCAGCAUCCUUUGGGCUGCCAGCAGACCUGCGCAGCAUCUCUUCAAGCCAAUCAGAGAAGGGCGGAGAGAAGAAGCAGAAGAAUAAACGAGCAAUGCAAAAGAAACAGACCAGUGGCAUAGAGGAAUGUCAGGGAGCUCAAAGGCUCAGUCCCCCUCGCUCUGACACACAGAAAGGCCUCCUGUGUGGCAAGAAGCCCUCAGAGGACUCCCCCGCUUUGCCCCCCCAGCAGUUGCGGGUGGUGUGUGACAACAUGCUGCAGGGGCUCGGGAGGUACCUGCGCUGUUUAGGAGUCGACGUGAUCAUGUUGGAGAACACUGAUGAUCACAGAAAAGCAGCAAUGUUAGCGCAAGCUGAAGGCCGAGUCAUACUCACAUGUGGACAACCAUACCAAAGUUUACGGUCCCAGGUGGGUGAGGGUUGCUGUCUCUCCCUAGACUGUUCAGAAAAAGCCAGAGACCAGGCUGUUAGAGUCCUCAGACACUUCAACGUCCAGCCCACUCCCAGCGAUAUAUUCAGCCGCUGCCAGGCGUGUAACAGUGAUCAGUAUGUGACGGUGCCCAGAGAGGAUAUGGUCAAGAUGCUUAAACAGAAAGGAUUUAUGCAUGACCAGGAUAUUCAACACACACAACAGAAGUGCCAUCAACAGGAAGAGGAGAAGCUUGAUGACAUCUUGACCCCCAGUGAGACCUCUGAACUCCCCAGGUAUGCCCUUCAGUGUCGCUGGGCCCCACUCUCAGAGCUGGACCCCGACACCCUGACCUUUCCCGGGGGGGCGCCCAUACAGCUCCACACCGUGCCCCUUGCCCUUCUGACGAGGAUAGCGCUCUUCUAUGUCUGCACCAGAUGUGGCAAGGUGUUCUGGGAAGGCUCCCACUUUGACCGUGUCCUCUCCAUGUUUCAGGAGGUCUUGCAUAUAACAGACGGGGACUCUGAAUCAGCUGCAGGGCCCGUUACAGAUGUGCAACAGAACUGACUGAACUCAUGCAUUUUACACAUUAAGCCAGCUGUAAUGAAAUCCAUUUAAAUUGCUCUUUACAAAAUAAACACCUUCAUGUUUGCCUUUUUCUAAAAGAGGCAUAAUGUUUCAUAAAAAUUCAACGGUUUGAAAAAAAAGUAGUUAUUUUACGGUUAUUUUAUUAUGGAUGAAAGCUUUAUUUUAUCAUCUUUUAUCAUCCAAAAGCUCUUUUCAUCAGUGUUAAGUUUGUUCCAUUUAACUCUUCCUGGGUUGAGAUUUUGUUGUUAUGUUCUGUCAGGUUUUUUAUUGCCUUGAUUUAAAUGCUGCUGUUAAGUCACAGCAGAACGCACGUCCCCUGCGUUUUUAGCAGUCUGUGGUACUGUAUAUUUUCAUUCUAUGCGAAUACAUUUGUAUAGUGUUUAGUCAAAUGAUUUUGUUGUUAAUAAACAUUUUUCCAUUUC